AUGGGAUACCAGUGCCGGAUAAGAAUAUCCCCAAUGGGAUGGGUGGAAGCGAUUAACUCAAGGAUAGAUGCAGAGGAUGGAGAGUAUGUUUCGCGGCUGUUCAGUAAAAAUGCAGAGAUGGACAUUGAACAAGGGAACAUCGAUCUUAGUGGAGUCAAGUAUCCGUUCAACAUUCUCCUUGAACAUCAAAAAGCGGCCGUAGAAAAGAAGAGCUAUGGUGCACACGAGUUACUAAUAAAAAGCACUGUAAGAAUGGUUGGGAGAGAGAGGUGGACUAGUCCGAUCAUUAAAAGAGUUGUGUAUGAGCUUCUCGAACCAUGGGGUCGAUACAACCCUAAUAGGAUGAGCAAGCUUUUAGCAGACAUAUAUAAAAAGUUAAUAGAACAGAAGAAUCCAGCCUUUGUCUAUGUUGGGAAUGCCUUAUUCCAUAUACACCUUGAAACGGGAAGAUUCAAGCUGGCAGAAGACCUACUGAUGAUUGUAAAGGAGCCUGAGACAGUUUGUAGAGACUAUUACGUGUUCUACUAUUACAAGGGAAUUAUUAAAAUGUACCAAGAGAGCUUCAAAGAAUCUUAUUUGGCAUUGGAAAGAGCAUUUGGGUACAAGAAAUGGAGAAGGACAAUGGCGCCUGUUUAUUUCAUUUCAUCUCUACUUGUCAACAAGUUCCCCAAGGACAUAUAUCUGAAGAGGUUUGGAUGUGAUUACUUAUCAGAGGUAGUCUCUGUAGUGCGAGGAGGUUUCUAUAUGGAGGUGGAUGAUGCAAUCAGAAGUGCGUCUAAAGGAGUUGUAAAUCAUAAUCUCUGCAGAAUCAUCUCAGCCCAUUGCCCACUUAUAUGUUUCAACAAUCUAGUGAACAGGACCUAUCUGCAGUAUGGGUGUGACAGUAGACUCGACAUCCAAAAGAUCUCUGAGGCUUUACCUGAUAUCGACUUCAAAGAAAUUGUUUGCCUCUUGAGCAAUGCAAUCGAGUCAGGCAGAUUGAGAGGAUAUAUAUCGAUUAGCAGAAGAGUGGUGGUGUUUAGUAAGGCCGACCCCUUUCCGAUAAUUGUUGUUUAG